GAGAGAGAGAGAGAGAGAGAGAACAGUGGAUAGAGAGAGCUGUAUAGAGAGAGAGAGAGCACCAGACGGAGCGAGAGCUAUGUGGAAUGUGUGCGUGUUGUGCAAUUUCUGCUAGGCUCUGAGCACUGUCCAGUGACCGACCGGGGAGCCAGGCAGAGGUCGGGGAGAGAGAGACUGUGAUCUCUCCACACACCACUCAGGUUUAAGGGAAAGUAUGUAGCCAUGGAAACCCGACGCACCAACCUGAGUCAUGCGGACACUCUGCGAGUGGGCGCGCGGGGCGGCCGUGACAUAAGCCCCCUCUCCGGUCCGAGGAGAAGAGAGGAUGAGUGGAGGAGAGAGAGAAAUGAGGGGGGCAGGACGGGCGAAAGGCCACGGGACGGACGGGAGACGACGGACACCCGGGGCUGGAACAGAGAGAGGGAGCCGAGCUUCACCACCUUCAAGGGAAGAGAAGGAGAGACGGACAGAGGAGGCCAGAGGAGAGAGGGGCAGAAGCGCUCCAAUGGCAGAGUGGUGUCCAUGCUGGAGCAGGGCACCAUGAUGGAACGAGAGGGAGGAGAGCGGGGGAAAGGAGACACUUUCCCCAGGAUGAGAAAACCCAGCAGAGAAAAAGACAGUAGAGCCAACAUUAUUCCAGAGCACGAGAGGACAACCAGAGACAGAGAUCGAGACAGAGAGAGAGACGUCAGGGGGGCAGACAGAGCUCCCGUCCGACAAGGACGGAUGGAACCUAGAGACGACAGCCGAGAGAGAGACAGGGAGAUGGCUCGCAAAACGGACAAGGACACACAGCGCUACCGGGAGGACCAGAGGCGGCGGGAGCGAGACAGGGCGAAGCUGAUCGAGGACUGGAAGAGGAACGUGCAGAGGAGCCUGGAGAGGGAGGAGAGCAGGAGCGGGGGCAGGAGAGACCGUGACCCCAGCAGCCUGGACAGGAGGAGUUUCCGUAAAAAGGAGGUCAGAGGAGACCCUCGGGGGGGCCAGGAGGCAGGAGACCGAGAGAGGGGAAGACAGAGACAGAACGACAGACCCCCGAUACGAUUUUACUCUCCACAGAGACAAAGGCGGGCUGAGGAGGAGGAGGAGAGAGGAGUGGACAGAGGGCGAGGGAGGGACGGUAGGGAGUACCUGAGAGAGGGACAGAGGGACACGAGAAGCGAAGGAGGAGAAAGCGACGGCGGCAGGGGGAAAGUCAGAGCGAGGGAGGAAGUUUCAGAGAGGACACUUGGUCACAAGCACUGCAGGAGCGAGGGAGACAAUGAAGGACAAGAGAGACGAGACAACGUGAGACAGAGACAGAGGGACAGGGAGGAGGAUGAACAGUAUAGGCAGAGGGACAGAGAGAGAGAGCGUGACACCACUGGCAGGGACAGAGACGCUAGACGUUAUGACCAGGACAGGCAAAGAGAACGAGAGAGGAAGGAGUUUAGGGAUACACAACAGCAACCGAGGGGCAGAGAAAGAGACGACGAUAGAGGCAGGGACAGAGACCGAGACAGAGACCGAGAUCGAAACAGGGACAGGGGAGGUGAACGUCCAUACAUCAGAGAUGAUACUGGGCACCGUAGGGGGGAGGGAGAGCGAGAGCGUCACGGCAGCGCACAAACAUAUUCCGACAGAGAUAGAGGAGAUCAGAGAAGGCAGAGAGAGCGGGGAGGAAGGGGGCAGGAGAAUAGAGGAAGCCAAUCCCCAAGCAGCAGAGACCAGCAGAGCAGAUCACAGCCCAGAUCCCAAAGCAGCGGGGAUUGGAUGUCGGGCAGUGACCUGGAGGGCGAGCGCAGGAGAAGGGGAGCUUCAAGGGAGAGCUUAGACAGCAGAGAGGAGCUGGGGAGGGAGGAGAGCACACCCGAGAGAGAACGAGAGAGGAGGCUGAGACGCCACGGGACCCCCACAGCCCCUAGUCCAGUCCACGAAGACACCACUGCUUCAGGGUGUGAAGAACCGGCGGCCGUGCAAGGAGGGGUGGGGGCAAUCGUGGCCGGCCAUGCUGCCGCCGGACAGAGAGACAGAAGCGCCAGCGCCAGCACCUGCACCAGCACCAGCGAGAUGGGAGGCGAGCAAGAUCAGAGAGGAGGAGGAGGAGGAGGAGAGAAGCCGGGGAGCAGCAGGACCACAAGGAGGAUGUGGCUGGUGCCGGGCUCAGGGAGGUCAAGAAGCUCCAGGGAGUCCUCCCAAGACGAGGAGGUGGCGGAGAGGAGGCCAGGCGAGCCACAACACACCGUCCAAGAAGAGGAGGAGGAGGUAGAGGAGGUGGAGAGAAGGACAACAGAGGAGCGACACAGACACGGCAGAGAGACUGAGACUGAGGUGGCGGGUGGGAGUCGGGAGGAUAAGUACAGGAAGCUGGAGAGAGCUGGAGAGUUCGGGAGCCGGGAGGGCGACGACGAGGACGAGGGCAAGUCCGUGUCUGAUUCGGAGAGCCUGGGCGAGGUGGAGGCCUCUUGCAACAUGACGGAGGAGAGUCCCGGCGAAAUUGAGGACGGCGACAGCGUCGGCGACCGCCUGGGGAGCGAGGGAGCGCCGAGCGAUGAGGUCCUGGGAGUGUGGCGGACGUCACCCUCCAUCGAGGAUGGAUUUGUCACCGUCUCUAGUGGUGGGGAUGACGAAGAAGAGGAGGGGGAGGACAAAUUUGUGGACUGCAAAGAAUUCUUGGAUGCUAGUGGUGGCAAAGACGACAGCAUCCGGCACUCCCAGAGAAGUCAUGACAAGGACAGAUUCGUCGACGGUCGGCAUGAAAGCGGCAGGAAGUCAGACAAACAGAAGCCGUCCGGCAGCAAGCUUCCCAGAAAGGAGUCGCACAAGAGAGACUACCUUGACUUGGACAACUUGGAGUCCGUGCACAGGGAUCAGACUGAAUACUCUGACCUGGCGCUCAGUAACCGCAGGUCCCUUGAUCUCACCGGGGACUAUAAGCCCAGGAGGCAGCCGCCUCUGUCCACAGACCUGGUUCCAGAUAACGACAGGACCGCAGAUAAUGCGAUACCAAACCCAAGGAACACAGGAAGGGCGUCCGAGAGACAACAGGAAGUGACGUCAUCAACCUCAGAUAUUCCGAACCAAACCUCUUCUUCAGAAGCUAAUCCACACCCAUCUACUUCUGCUGCUUCUGUAAAGUAUGAUGCCUUCGGGUAUGCAGUCAUAGGGGGAGACAAGGGGCAAGAGCCCGAUAGUACCUCACAGCAACCUGCGAGCCAGCAGCAGCAGCAGCAGCAGCAGAAGGAGGUGGAGGUGGGGGAGGUGCGAGAUGAGGAGGUCCGCCCAGCUGCCACAGAGGAGAUCUGGUCCACUGCCGAGGAGCUGAAGCGCCACUCCCAGAUGCCCCACCUCAAGUGGGCCAAGAACGUGGUGCGGGAGAUCCUGGGCUCCUCCGAGGACCGCUCGCUAGACGACGCAAAGGCAGCACCCUCUGCCUCCGCCGCCGCCGACCAGAGCCAUACGGUGACGUCGACGUCAGCAUCGACAUCGGAGAGCACCGAGGGCCCACCCCCAGGGUCACCGCCGAUCUACGCCGUGGUCCAAAAGAGACCCAAGCAGCAGCAGGGUGAAGAAGAGGAGGAGCCACCAGCAGGGGACGAGACUGGGCACUGGGAGGAGUCGAGAGGAGGUAGUAGUAGUAGUUGUAGUGUGGGGCGCGCUGGGGAUCUAACACACACCGAUGACAUGCAUGCAGAGGGGGAGGGGGAGAGGGAGAGGGAGGGGGAGGGGGAGGGGGACGUGCAUGGGGAGGAGCAGACAGUCUUGCAUGAGGCUGGGGAGACGGGCGGGCAUGUGGAGCAGAAAAACUCACACACAGCCACUGACACAGAGACUGCUGACACUGACAUGCAAACGGGCGUGGGCAUAAAGAUACUUGUAGAAGGAGAAGGGGAGGCAGAGGUAGAGUCGGAGAUAGAGGAAGAGCAGGACGAGGAGGAGGAGGAGGAGGAGGAGGAAGAGGAAAGGUUGUCAGUACGGGGGUCAAACGCGAGCUCCGACGCGGAGGCAGAGCUCACUCCCCAGUCUAGAGACUCAUCUGUGGAGAGGGAGCCAGCAGCCGCAGGAGGUGAUGAAGGAGGUGAAGUUGAGGGGAAAUGGAAGGGUAAGGGGAAAGGUAAAGACGGGGAUGGGGAUGGGGAGGUGGUGAGGACCACCAAGAAGACCAAAUGCAUGCUGCUGAGCAGCACCAACAGCUUCCGAGACCAAGGCACCGAGGCGCGGCUAAGGAGGAGGGGGUUCCGCAAGACGGUGGAGAAAGGCAGACCAGAGGAGGUGGAGGAUGAGGAGGAGAAGGAGAAAGAGAAGGAGAAGGAGAAGGAGAAGGAGGGAGAAGGAGGAGCAGGGGCUAGAGACCGCAGAACCAGAAUAUUCCCCACCUCAGAAGAUGACAGCGAUGAUCUGCGUCUUAGCUGGAAUGAAGUGGAGCUAAGGAGAGUGGUGGAAUCCAUAGGGAGGACGAAGAAAAGGAACUCCAAAUUCUUCAACUCCCAGCUCUACCAGCAGUACAGCGAGGUGGUGCUGAACAGGGAAAUCCUUCGACAGGCACACUCGGACAGUCCCUUAGCCAACGAGGACUCUUCCUCUUCCUCCUGCCCCACCAACAGCACCUCUACCUCAUCAUCAUCAACAACACCAUCAUCAUCGUCAUCGUUAUCCUCCGCCUCCUCCUCUUCAUCUUCCUCCCUGGUGCCCGCCAACCCCAGCCCUGCCCAACGCCCCUUACCCCCGCUGCCUCCCCCCUCGCACCUGGCCCCCAUCCCCCACGCCUCGGGCUCCCUCUCUGGAAAGCCCUCCUCCUCCUCCUCUACCCUCCCCGUUCCCGCUCCCCCACCCGGCCGGCCACCCUCCCCACGCGUCUCCAUCUCCGCCGCAAGCCAGUCACUAUGGCAGGACCUGCCCACCGUCCGCAACAGCGUGGAGCUGGAGGACAUGACGGAGGACCAGCGCCGGCUGCAGGAGGUGCGUUUCGAGGUGGUGACGAGCGAGGCGUCCUACAGCAGGAGUCUGGACAUUGUGGUGGAGCAGUUUGUCAAGUCAAAGGAGCUGGGAGCGCUGCUUGCCACGCAGGACAGGAACUGGCUCUUCUCACGCCUGGCCGACGUCAGGGCCAUCAGCCACAGCUUCCUGACCAAGCUUGAGGAGCGCGUGGAGAAGGACACUCUGCACUUUGACGUGUGUGACAUCAUCACCCGGCACUGCCAGAUGUUCCGCAUGGUCUACGUGCCCUACCUCACCAACCAGUCCUACCAGGACAAGACAUACCAACGCCUCAUGGAUGAGAAUCCCCAGUUCAAGCGUUUGGUGGAGCAGCUGGAGCGCAGCCCGGUGUGCCAGAGGCUUCCUCUCCGCUCCUUCCUCAUCCUCCCCUUCCAGCGCAUCACACGGCUCAAACUACUGGUGCAGAAUAUUGCGAAAAGGACGGCCCCAAAGUCAGAGGACGAGGCCCAGGCUAUUAAAGCUAUGCAGCUCUUGGAGAAGAUGAUCCAAGAUAGUAAUGACAGCAUUACCCAGAUGAAGAGUAUUGAGUCACUGGUCUCCCUGAGUGCCAAGGUGGACUUUGAAUGCAAGACACUGCCCUUGAUCAGUCCGUCCAGGCGUAUGGUACGUGAGGGCUUGGUGACUGAGCUGAUGGAUUUCUCCAUGAAGGAGACGGAAAGGAGUGUCUACUUGCACCUAUUCAACGACCACCUCCUGCUUUCGCUGCCUAAAGAGGGCGGGCGGUUCACGGUGAUCGACCACUGUCCUGUUGGGGAGCUGAGGGCUGAGAACUGCCGAGUGAAGCUCCACUCGCUACAGAAGAACCUCUUCAGACUGUACCUGGCCCGCAAAUCAGUACUGCUCCGAACGGACACACUAAGCGACAAACUGCGCUGGAUCUCUGCUGUCUCCAGCCCCCACCCACAGAUUGACUUCACAGCUGCCCAGGAUUUCCCUCAGAUGCAGUGUAUUCGUGCCUAUGUUGCCCAUCAGCCUGACGAGCUCAGCCUGGAGAAAGCCGAUGUCCUUCUGGUCCACCAACACAGCAGCGAUGGAUGGGUGGAGGGUACGCGGAUGUCGGACCGGCACCGAGGCUGGUCCCCAGAGACGCACCUGGAGACCAUCACCAACGAGAAGGCACGGCAACGCAACCUCAUGGACGUCCACAAAAUCACCACGGCCACGGCGGCCCUUUGAGUGCCCUCUCAAACACACACACACACACACACACAUAUAGAUAUACAUAUAUCUGCAACCUCAUGGACAUACACAAGAUCAACUACGGUGGCCCUUCAAGUGUGCUCAAACACACACACACACACACACACACACACACACACACACACACACACACACACACACACACACACACACACACACACACACACACACACACACACACACACACACACACACAAACUCAGGAACACUGACUUCACCGCUGGACAUGCAAAUCCACAAGCACACAAGAACCCAUGAUCUUUUGGCCACACAUACAGUGCAGACUGGAAACAGAGCGGACCCUCCAGUCAUGCAGACUGUGUGUAGUCCGCUGAGCUUUGCGUCAUGGCUUCCUCAGUCCAUACUGGCCUUUGCUGGGACCCUAUGGGAGACUCAUCACCUGUGUGUGCGUGCGUGUGUGUGAGCGUGUGCGUGCGCACGCAUGUGUGUGUGCAUGUGUGCAUCUGUCGUGUUGUUACACUGGCGAGGGAGAAGGAUUGCUGACUGCAAACUCCCAGCUGGGAAAGCACAGCUGAGACUGGACGGAGACAGACAGGCAGCAGCCCUGGCCUGCCAGCACUCUCCAACUCAUACACUCACACACUCACUCCCUCACAACCAAUAAGGCACACACUUUAUGGGCUGAGCUGUGAGCAGUAUUGUGGGUUUGGGACGGAACUGCAGUCUCGUACUCACAUGGAGGAGUGAGCCUUUAGAGAGAAGAAACUUUAUAUAGAGAUUGUCUUGCCGAUUGUAUGUUCCAAUUGUGAAUUUGAGGUGACCGCUGAUGUCCAUCUCAACCCAGCUGAGCAAGCUGAAAUUGUCCAGAUGCUGGCCCACUUCCCUGGUCGUUGGCCAUCCCCCCUCACCUUACCGACACACCGAACCAAUUUCUUCACCGACUCUCCACAGCGCCUCUGAAUGCCCAAUCGUCGGAUUGCUGCAUUUCUCCCUUUACACUAUCCUUCCAUCAGCAGGUAGGAGGUGGGGGGUGGGGGAUACAGUAUGUGACAAGCUGGACAAUGUGUGCCUAUGUAAGCAUGACAAAUGGACAGACAUUCAUAGCCAAAGGCCUCACACACAGUGCCAACAGGCCUCACUCACAUGGUGUGGUAUAGGGGACUUGACAAUGAGUCGGUUUGUGUUCACAGAAAUGGGAGGUGCAAUGCUUUUUUUUUUUUUUUUUAAGUUUGACUCUUUCGAGUGAACUUUGUAUAAUAUCCAAAUGUAUAAUCAUUAACUGUAGUUUUAUCUUUAUACUUUUAACAAAAAAAACGUGUACAAGCGCACCAAACUGUAAGGUUUGUGAAAAGCCCAAAAGAGUUUUUGGGAGAAUUCCUUUUAAAACUUUUUGAUGUAACUAAGUGCUUGGCUGUACAGGGUGAAUGGACAUUCUUCCUGGGUCAUUGGACUUUCUUGUGAAUAGGUCACUCCCUAUAGUACGGUGAAAUUAUGAUCAUGUCUGCAUUGUACGGCUAAUAAGUAUUUCAAAGCUUUUAUAAAGUUCAACAACUGACAAUAUGGAGGUGCUGUGUCUUUCCUUGGAUACGACUUGUGAACUGUAUAAAAAACACAAACGAAAAAUCAGGAAACCGCUUCACUCUGAAGGUUUGUUUUUAGCAUUCUUUGCAUUUUAUUACUAUUUACAACAAGCUCCUGACUGCCAGUGAGAGCUGGUUCAGUACAUGGUCAAUGGGGGUUUUUAAAAUGGAGAUUCAGCAGAACAUUGACACUUGUCAUCACCACUGGGUAACAGGUUCACAACAUGAGUAGAAUGCAGAAUACAAAUACAUUCCGGAAGGGUGGAACUGGCCUGGUCUACUACAAGUGAGUAAGAUUCAAAAGCUGGUUUUGUUCACUCAAGGAAUGAAUUAGAGGUAAACCUGCUAGGAGAAAACAGCAAAGCCACAGUCUCUUGAAUAAUCAAAAGACAAAGAACUUUACUUUGAUCAGAGUAACAGCUGUUUUUUGGGGGUUAAAAAAAAAACAGCUUGAUCACCUUAACACCUUUGUAGCAUACCUCCCUGGUCAGUACAGCGUCCACCAUACAAUAAUUAUACACAUAAUCGUCAGAUGUGGGGAGGGUUGGGUAUGAAACCAGUCGCUUUAGUGUUAUAAUGAUCUGCUUUCCAUCAUAUUAUUUUUGUUUUAAUAACAUUUCAGUCAUGAAAUCCCGGUCUACGGUCCCAAACAUGUUUAAUCCUUCGCCACUUCCAAAAUUGAUUCAGAUUAAGAUUUGGAAGUUUGGCUUUUGUUUACUUGAGGAGGUUGUUGCAGCGAUCAAACACGUAUGACAGUAAACACUCAUGUUCAAUUAUGACAGAUCCGUUGCUUCCUGAGGACAACUUAAAAAAAGUACCAGACCCGUAAUCAAUGAUACAGAUACAUCAGUGUAAAACAUUUUUUUCCCCUCCGCGAUGGUUAAACCUAAACCAGUCCAUGAUUUGACAGUGAAGAGUUUGCCAUCCCAAUUUCCUUCUCCACUCACAACAGCUUUGCUCCAUUUUCCCAAAAUACGAAAGUAAAACAGUAUGUCUGUGAAAGUAACACAGUAUCCAGCUACUUGGCUCCAGUUGUGGUUGCAUUCCUCUCACACACUCACACACACAAGGCCAACUCAAGGAUGGGUGGGGGUCGGCAGUACCAAUGCUUGGUAUGAAGACCUGACGCAACUAGAUUUGGUCUAUGGCUCUCUAUGAACAAGGUGGUAUCCCAACAGCAUGGUUAACCUACUGUACAGGAAGUGAUACACCUGCUAAUAGAUAGCCCGCCCCACAGGUGUCAUUUAACCCAUUUUAGCCUAAGCCCUUUUUGGGAAAGGGCGCCCUCUGCCUAUUAAAACCUAAAUAUCUCAGCCUCCGAAGCACAUAACAACAUGAAAUAAGUUGUAUUUAAAAGCUAGGACCCUCAUUUUGCAUUAGAAUGUGUUCAUUCAGCUCUAACAUACCCCCAUUUAUUAUUUUAAAAAAGCUCAAAUCUCAAGAGCCUGAAUGCAGCGCAUAUGUUGCUCCAGACUAAAAUGGGUUAAGUUAAGGAAAUGAGUACUCCAGGCUCUUCUAUCAGAUGACUUACCACUACCUAAAGGUCAACAUAACCUGAUCUACUACUGAGCCAGCUUCUUGGGAUAUCUCCCUAAUAACAGUAUAUACUCUUUACAGUAUAUCUCUGGGUCUAUGAGGUGUGAUCUGUUGAUUUAAGGAAAAUCAGCUCCUGAGUGCGUCGGUCUCACAUAACUGUUAAUGCUGCCACAAAGCACAGACAAAACCUUGGCUGCGCAUUUGUAUUCAGAAUCAGAGCUCUCCCAAGUCUUUACAUUUUUACACACUGGCCAUCUGUUUUCGCUCAGGUGACACACACACACACACACACACACACACACGCACACGCAUACGCAUACGCAUACACACACACAUGGUCCUCACAGUGGGGCCUGAUCACAAAAGGUUGAGGUCAUAAUGCUUCCCUGUCUGUGUUCAUAAAAGAGACUGUAAAAACGGUUAUCUUGUCAUUUAAAUACCUGUACUAAGAUCCCAGUGGGAAAAACACAAGGUCAAUUUUAACUAAAUAAAUCUGAGUUGAUUGUUGAGUUGAGGUAUUUCACAUGUUGGCUGCUACAGUGUUUGUUGGUUGUGGUGGUUAGCUUCACUGUAACACACAUCAGAUGCCUUCAGAAGUGCUCAGUUAAUGCAAAGUGUUAAAAACAAACAAAAAAUACAAAAACAAAAACCCACACUCAACAGCUCAGGCAGCCAAUUCGAAACAUUUAAAAAAACAGGUCCCUA